GGCUUCCCGUGUGGGGUUAUUUUGAGGGGCUUGUGUUGUCAGCUGUUGUCUUUAUUCCUGUCGGACCCUCCGCGCUCCUCUCUUUCACUCUGCUACAACUCUGGACUGGUUGUUUCAUUGUUCUUCUUCUCCAUUCGAAUUGAACAGACGCUUGUUAGAUGAUGGAGGGCACUGACCAGACCACCAAUGAACAAGUCAAUGGCACAGAGGAGAUGCCAGCGGACCCCAUGGAGGACUUCAGCAGGCAGCUAGAGGAUAUUAUCAACACAUAUGGCUCGGCAUCAAGCCUGAUGCAAGAGCAGAUCUCCAUCCUGGAAAGUGAGGAAAGAAGAGAGGAAGCGAAGGCAGAUGAAACAGCCACCCCGAAAGAGCCAGGUGGAGCUGGUCCAGAGGAGCAAAAAGACGAUUCAAAACUGAUCAAGGGCCUUGGUAAAGAGGCCACGUCUUUAUUGCAAAGCCUGAACAAGCUCAGCUCACCAGAAGAGAAAGUGGAAAUGGUGUUGAAGAAAUACACCGAGCUGGUGGAGAAACACAGAAGAGAGAAGCAGCAGCUGGAGAAGAGACAGGGUCUUUUGGUCAAGCAGAGAGACCAGAUCCAAUUCGAGCACAGUCGUGCCAUCCUGGCCCGAACCAAGCUGGAGAUGCUCUGUAGAGAACUUCAUAGACAUAACAAAACAGUGAAGGAGGAGAGUCUGCAAAGGCUGGGGGAGGAUGAGAUGAAGCGGAGGGAGAUCACUGCUCAUUUCCAGAGCACACUAGUGGACAUUCAGGCUCAGAUCGAGCAGCACAGCAGCCGUAACAACAAGCUGUGUCAUGAGAACAGCGAGCUGGGCAGUAAACUCAAGACCCUUGUAGAACAGUAUGAGAGAAGAGAAAAGAGUUUAGAGAAGAUCUUCAACCACAGAGAUCUACAGCAGAAAGUGUCUGACGCCAAGCUGGAAGAAGCAAAAAUGCUACUUAAAGAAGCAGAAGAGAAGCACAAGAGAGAGAAGGAAUAUUUACUCACUCAGGCUGCAGAAUGGAAACUUCAGGCUAAAGAGCUGAAAGAACAGCACACUGUCAUGCAGGCUCAGAUUGUGUUGUACUCCCAAAAGUUCGAGGAGUUUCAGGGGACAUUGGGGAAGAGCAAUGAGAUUUACUGUACUUUCAAACAGGAAAUGGAAAAGAUGACAAAGAAGAUGAAGAAACUGGAGAAGGAGUCAAAUAUAUGGAAGACACGGUUUGAAAGCUGCAACAAAGCUCUAGUUGAAAUGAUAGAUGAGAGAUCAGAAAAGGCUAAAGAGUUUGAAUUCUUCACUGUGAAGAUCGACCGCCUGGAGACUUUGUGCCGAGUCCUGCAGGAUGAGAGAAAAAUCCUGUACACUAAGAUUAAAGAGAUCCGUUUCCCAGACAAAGCAGCCGUAUCACCUCUGGAGGACAUGCCAUCGGUGGAUGAGCUCGCUCCACAGCUCGGUCCUAGCCCUGUACUGACCGCAGAGAUGGAGAAACUGCGAGAGCAGCAGAUCCGCCUUCAGGAGUUGGCCGCUUCUUUGGUGAAACCCAUAAAAGAUGAUGUUGAGGAAUCAGAUAGUGAGGAAGAGGAGGAAUCCGAAUUUGCACAAAAGAAUUCAGCAAUUCCUGAAGACACCCAACCUGAACCCACCAAACAAGAAGAGAAACCAGAAUCGGUUGUUGUCACUGAAGAAAAGCCAUUACCCCAAAAUCUUGAACCAAGCAAACCUGAAACUGAACCCAAAUCUCCUCAAAAAGCUCUUCAACCAGAAAUAAUAAACCAACACACAGGAAAACAAGAAUCAACCAAAGAGGAACCAUCACAAGAAGUGACAAAAGUAGAAGUGAUUAAACAAGAAACUUGUGAGUCUGAACCAGCCAAAGCUGAAAAGGAACCCAAAGCUCAUCAAGAACCUCUUCAACCAGAAUCUACAGAACCACAGACCGAAAAACAAGAGUCAACCCAAAAGGAACCAAAACAAGAAGACGUCGCAAAAGUAGACGUUGUUAAACAUGAAACAUCAGCGUCUGAACCGGCCAAACCUCAACCAGAAUCUAAACCUUCUCCUCAAGAACCUCCUCAAGCCGAAAUCACAGAACCACAGCCAGAAAAACAAGAGUCAGUCAAAGAGGAAACAAAAAAAGAAGACUUGACAAAAGUAGAAGCAACCAAACAAGAUACAUCCGAAUUACAACCUACUGAGCUUGUCGUAAAAAAAGAGGGAAAACCUGAGGGAAAAAAUGCUAAAGAUGUUAAAUCUGAGUUGCCUGAAACAGACACCUCCAAACAAGCAAAAGAGGAGAAUGUCCAGGAAGAACACGUUGCAUCAGACGAAGCCAAAGCACAGGCAGCAAAACCUAAAGCCCCAAAAUCCCAAGAAGCCAAAUCAAAAACCAGCAAACCCCAGCCUAAAAAACAAGGUUCUUCCAAGAAGAAAGGUUCGGCUAAGGGUGGGAAUAAAAGUUAAACCAAACAUAAGUGCGUUACCAUAUCACAUUCUCUAUAUAUUUUUUUAGAUGAGUUUGUUUUUAGUGUCUUGCUGUUCAUGAGUUACAGGCUACAUAAUAACUAAGCCAAACAUAAGUGCAUAUCACAUUCUCUAUUUUUUUUAGAUGAGUUUGUUUUUAGUGUCUUGCUGUUCAUGAGUUACAGGUUACAUAUACUGUAUGACCGAUUGGUCAUAAGCUACUUUUCUUUAUGAAAGUUUACAUUAAGCAUGGGUUUAUGGUCUAGCAAUGGAUAACUUUCAGAAUGUAACACGUUUUUUUUUCAACUUGUAAUAUUUUUCCUCAUCCUUUAAUAAACAUCUGUUGACAAUUCUAA